AUGGACGAGGCUGAGGAGGCGCAGCAUGAGCGAUGGAAGGAGAACUACGCCAAGAAAAAGGCAUCACGGCGUCGCCGCGCCCAAGAGCUCCAGGUCCAAGAUGGGCAGUCUGCAGUGGAGUCGGCCUCCCAUGAAGAGCACAAGCAGACUGCUUUCCAGAAAUCCGGAGCCGAACAUGCUGUGGCCCUGUUGGGGGAAGCACUCGUUAUCACAGACGAGCACGAGAAGUUCUUUGAGCUCCAGGCUCUCAACCAAACUUCGAAGCAGCAGAUGCACGAAAUGGUCAGCAGACACCCAGAUGCACCGCCCGACAUCCUAAAGGGGUGGCUCAUGGAGGAGCAUCACGCUCGCACCUACAAUCAAAGCGCAAUCUAUUCGAGGUCUCCUUUCAGAGCUGCAUGGUAUGGAUCUGCUUCUGACAGUCCCUCCGACGUUGGCAUUGUCCGCGCCAGCACAGGGGAGACUGUAGAUCAGUGUCAGAUGAAGUGCGGAACUCCAAAGUAUGUCAGCAAGGGGCUUAGGAACCCGGACUACGCAGGGAUGCAGAAGGUCUGUAACACGGAGGCCUUAGACAAGGCCAGCAAGCAUGGGGCGACUGAUCGGAUCUGCUAUGGCGGCGUGCAGAGUGAACCAGCAGAUGCGGAAUCCAUCAGGGCUCAAGCAGACAAGAUCUUGCAGGAUGGGGUUGAGGUGGCAGGCAUGGAGCAGGCCAGCACCCUGAGUAGACUUGCGACUGCUGCCGAGGUGGGAGUUUCGGCUGCGAUGGCCGGAGCCGCUCUUGGCGCGGCUUCUGCAGGGCUGGUGUCGCGGAUCGCUGGCGACAAGCCUGAACAGAUCAAGUCAAAGGCUGCUGAAGGCGCGUUUCAGGGCAGCGUCGUGGCUGGCUCUGCCGCUGCUGCGAACUCCUUUGCAACUUCGGCCCUGGAGUCUGCAAAUGCUGGUAUGGUGGCUGGCGGAGUCGUGAGCGGUACCAUAAUGUUUCUCUUCCAGCUCCGCCGUUGCGAGCAAGCUUUUGGUGCAGAUGAGACUCAGAAACGAAGUUGCAAAAUGAGCGCAACGGCCACAACUGGCGCGGGCACUGGCGCGGCCAUCGCCGGGACGCUGCUUGUCGGUCCUCUUGCAGGCGCUGCUUUUGCUCUUUGUGCUCGCAUCACGACGGCCACCUUCUGCUAG